AUUUUAAAUCAAGGCUGUCAUUGAAGUUAAAUUAACAUUUUUUUUGCUUCUUAAUUCUAUUUAAAUUCCCGGCACAUAAAAGAGCAAAAAUGUCUAAAUCCGAAGUGAACCUCAAUAAAAAAUUCAGUAUAUCAAAAUUUACGUCUCAAACUGCUUUACCAUCACUAAAAUCGUCAAUCGAUUGCGGAAGGAAACUUAAUAAAGUCAGAUGCCAAAGUAAACUUGAGACAAUUGACGUAGCUGAAUUUAAGCCAAAGAAAGUAAAACCGACUAAUUUGUACAUCUGCAAAUUAGUUUACCCACGUGAAAAUGAGUAUCCCUCAUGUGAUCAUCAAAAUGACUAUAUAGUCGAUAGAAAUUCCUUCGACAAAGAAGAGUAUUUGAAGUUCCUGUCGCAGCCAAAGAAGUUUUACGAAAAACCACAUCCAAAAUGGGUCCGAAGAAAUAUUCCACCAUGUACAGUACACCUCAACAAGCUUUCACAGCCAAAAAAAUCGAAUAUUAUUACAACAUUAAAUGAGCAUCGCUAUCAUUUGCCAUUUUAUCAAGUGGAAAAUCUGACAAAACGACUGAAUUUCGGUGAUCAUCAAACACAACAAGAAGUCGUGCAAACGAUAAUGCAACAAAUGGGUUAUGAUAAUUAUAAAAUCAAACAACAGAAAUGCGAAAUCAAGAAGCUUAAAAUAAAAAUAGCAAAAUCUAAGAGAUUUGAGGAUGUAUCAAGUCAAAUCAUCUCUAAACUUCGUCAAAUGGUUCAAUGUGAUCGUCCAAUGGAUAUGAAUGAAGGCUGUAGAAAACUAGCUGAUUUAAUCCUUCCAAAAAUAUGUCAAAUGACUGGCCAUAAAGUUCCAAAUAAAAAUUCCACAAAUACAAUUGACAAGGCACACAUAAAGUUUGCUGAUAAGCUAGCAGUUUGUGUUUGUGACUACAUAAAAAACAGCCCUAAUAAAUGUCAACAAAAUCAGCCAGAAAGCGAUUGUUUAAAGAAAUUCAAAAAUUUGUGCAUUCCAAUUGACAGCUAUUAUCCUCAAAAUUUGACAAAAAGCGAAUUUGAGAUACAGCAAGAAGAAAAGUCAUUAGAAUCACAUGAUGGAACUGAUGACGACGAAGAGAAGGAAUACACAAGUAGCUCUGAUGACAUAAAAAUAGCGUCAAAUGAGAAUGUAGUAGCGAAAUUAUCGUUUUUGAGACCUUCACAAAUAAAUGUAACUUUAGAAGAAUGUCAAGAAGUAAUGGGAACAAUAAAUGACGAAAUAAUUAAAGCUUCUGAGAAAAGAGCACAAAAGGAUGGUAGGAGAACUGAAAGAGCUGAGCGUGAGAAAAUUUUGGCUUUAGAGAAGUCUACAAAAGAAACUGAACGUAAAAUAAAAGAAAAGGAAGAAGCAAAGGCAAGAAAACGUGCUCGUAGACGAAAGGGUCGUGGUCUAUGUUUUGGAAAUAUGAAUCCAAUGCCACAAUGGCAAGUUGAGUUUAAGGAUAGAGUAGAAAGUGAAUUUUGUAAGCCAUCAACAUCAAACUUACCUUGA